UGGGAGAGCAUCAACGGUAUGAGAAAAAUUUUCAAGUUUUACGACCCAGAGCUUCUCACAGUGCAUGGGAUCAGCGAUGAAGAACAGAGUCAGUCUUUUGACGAUGCGGCAAGACGAUUGGCUAAUUGGUUAUCAUUAAUGAACAGCAACCACCAAAUGUUCUUUAUUCCUUGGAAUAUCGGGAUGCAUUGGACGCUAGUGGUGGUUGCGCCAAAGAAAAUUAUCCAUUUAAACCCUCUAAAAGAACGCCCAAUUCCCGAAGAAAUAGAACAAAUGAUCGGAAGGGCAUUCAUGUAUAUAGGGGACGCACAUCAGUAUCUUGGCCCGUGGCAAGGAAUUUCACAAGCAAACUGUCCAAGACAACCUAAAAGCCAAGAAUGCGGUUUUUAUGUUUUGAAAUAUAUCACUGACAUCGUCGCACGUGCCAACCCCAACCGUUACAUAGAAGAUCAAAAAGCUUUUGGGGGUAAGAAGCAAUACGAUCCAAAAACAGAAAUUUUACCACUACAGCGAAAGUGGAUCGAACAAUUGAUGGCGGUGAUUCACGGUGACGAUUGAGGUUCAAAGGUCGAAGAAUUUUUCUUCAUUAUGUAAUUUUUAUAGAUUAACUUGUAAUUAGAUUUAUUAACUUAUUAAUAUUUUUAACUAAUUUUACAUGUUUGUGUAAUAUUUAAUUAUUUUUAUGAAA